CUUGCCUUUUACGUGUUUAAAAAGCGAUGUUAUUAUAAUUUCGUAAUAUCAUCAUAAAAAUAUAGGUUAAAUAAAAUUUGACGUUCAAUUUAAAAACAUACACAAGUAAAUAUAGAUCAGUGACCAACAAAUUUUAGAAUUAGAUAUAUAAAAAUAUGUCUGGCGGAUCGGUGUGCGUGCUAGCCUUAAAUGGAAGGCGGCAAACAGUAAAAUGUACCCCAAAUACCACAAUUUUACAGAUUUUGGAGGAAGUUUGUAGAAAACAACAGCUAAAAUCCGAUGAAUUUGAUUUAAAACAUCAUAACAAAGUAUUAGAUACUUCACAAAUAUAUAGAUUCUCGGGAUUGCCAAAUAAUGCCCAAUUAGAACUAGUACCUGCUACCAAAGUUCGCAAAGAGUCUGAUGUUAUCUUAGCUGCAAAUCUAGAAAGUGGUAAAAGGCUUACUGGAAACUUUUCUCCAAAUGAUACUCUUUUGGAAGUCUUAAAAAAGCUCUGCCCUGAAGCCUUACAGCAUGAUUUAAGUCCUGUUGUCAUUUAUACUAGGAGAGAAAUUUAUGGAAAAGAAUUAGAAGAUGUUACCUUGAGAACUUUGGGUUUAACAGGAGGCAGAGCAAUGAUUAGAAUUUUAAACAGAGCUCCAGAAGAUUUAAAAACACAAGCAAAUGUGUCGAAGGUGUUACCAUCAAAACCUGUUGAAGAAAAACCUUAUAUCAGGAAAUAUCAGCCAAUUGAGGAACCUGAGGAUGUUGAAAAAUCUAAAGAUGGUGCUCCAAGAAUUACUGAUGAUGACUCUUCAGAAAAUGCUGCACCUCAACGUGCACAGAAAAAGGAUAAUGUUGAUUUGUUAAAGUUAGCUAGAGAAAAAAGAAAAAGUACAGAAUUUCAAAGCCCACAAUUGGCAGAAAGAAAAAAGAGUACUUCUGAAAAGCAAGUUAAAACUAGUCCUAAGCCUACCAAAAAGAAAAAUCCCUGUUCUUGUAAAAGUCAUGCUAUGGAUGUGGAUGAUGAAAUCAGUUGCCCUGCAACUUGCAAAGGGACCUGUAAAGAUUCAGAUGAAAACAUGGAAAUUAAAGAUGACUUUGUAUUUUUAGGGGAAAGAAAUGCCAUGCUCUUUUCACAAGAAACAGCUGAAGCCAUACCUCAUGAAGAUCUCCCAGAUGACUUUUUCGAUCUAACAAUAGAUGAUGCCAGAAAAUUACUUAGAGAUGUAAGAAAACAACGUCAUUUCUUGGAAAACACUCCCCUUCGAACUUCAAAUUUGAGAGAUUUAGAGGAUUCUAAAAAGCAACUGAGACAAGUGAACAGAUAUAAAAAAGCCAUUAUUAGAAUUCAGUUUCCUGAUAGGGUGGUGCUUCAGGGUACAUUUAAUCCUUCAGAUACCAUUAAGGAUGUCUUAGAGUUUGUUAGACAAUAUUUGGAGGAUAAAUCUAUGAAUUUUUAUGUCUUUACAACUCCACCCAAGUGUGUUUUAGAAGAAAAUAGAAUGUUGCUGGAAGAGGGAUUUGUACCUGGGGCUGUUGUGCAUUUUGGUACUGAAGGCCUUAGUUAUAAAAGCUAUCUUAGAAGAGAUUUGCAGAAUAAAAUCACUAGCAAUUCUGUGGCUAGUCUGGCAGCGGCUCAAAUCAGGAAGAAAAACACCAGAAAAUGUGGUGUUGAACCAGAAGAUGACUGUGAUUAUGAUUUUAGUGAAGAUCUAAAAACACAACCAGAAGUCAAUGCUGGUGCCAGUACCAGUUCAGGAGUAACCCAUGAUGUGGAAGAAAGAAAACCCCAGUAUCAACCUCCUGAAAACUUCCCAAAAUGGUUUAAACCUUUGUAAAUAACCUUUGCCUAAUAUAGGAAUCAAAUAUUUGUUUUUUUAUUGUUUAUUAAAAGUUUUAUUAAAUAAAACACCAGAAAAUUA